AUGGCGAGCUCACGCCUUUGCUUCUUCUCCUUCAUCAUCAUCAAUUCCCUCUCCCCUCCUCCUCCUCCUCCUCCUCCUCCCCACGCCAUUCCCUCCACCACCACUGCCGCCUCCUCCUCUCCUCCCUCCCCCCGAUCCUCUCCCCCCUCCUCGGCGGCCGCCGCCGCAGCCUCGCCUCCCACGCCCCGCUCUCCCCGCCCAACGACCACCGCAAGCGCCCCCGCCCCCGCCGCCGCCCCCGCCGCCGCCCCCGCCCCCGCCCAUCCACCGCCGCCGCGUCCCCUCCUCGCCCCUCGGCAGCUCUCGCCGCCGGAAACCCUGGCGCAGAAGAUCGGGAAGGCCACGCGGCGGCCCGGCGCCGCCUCCAAGGCCAGGGUCUACGCCGACGUCAAUGUGAUCCGCCCGAAAGAGUACUGGGAUUACGAGUCCCUGACUGUCCAGUGGGGGGAGCAAGAUGAUUAUGAAGUUGUGAGGAAGGUCGGGAGGGGCAAAUACAGCGAGGUGUUUGAAGGUGUUCACUGCACGGACAACGAGAAAUGUAUCAUUAAGAUUCUCAAGCCUGUCAAAAAGAAAAAGAUUAAGAGGGAGAUCAAAAUAUUGCAAAACCUUUGUGGUGGACCUAAUAUCGUGAAGUUACUUGAUAUUGUUAGAGAUCAGCAAUCGAAGACCCCAAGUCUGAUUUUUGAAUACGUCAAUAAUACAGAUUUCAAAGUGUUAUAUCCGACCCUUUCUGACUAUGACAUUCGCUAUUAUAUUUAUGAACUUCUAAAGGCAUUGGACUAUUGCCACUCACAAGGGAUUAUGCAUCGUGAUGUCAAGCCACAUAAUGUCAUGAUUGAUCAUGAGCAGCGUAAACUUCGUCUUAUAGAUUGGGGCCUCGCCGAGUUCUAUCAUCCUGGAAAAGAAUACAAUGUUCGCGUUGCUUCCAGGUACUUCAAAGGACCCGAGCUGCUUGUUGAUUUGCAGGACUAUGAUUACUCUUUAGAUUUGUGGAGCCUUGGGUGUAUGUUUGCAGGAAUGAUAUUCCGUAAGGAGCCAUUCUUCUAUGGGCAUGAUAAUUAUGAUCAACUGGUCAAAAUAGCCAAGGUACUUGGCACUGAUGAGCUAAAUGCUUACCUUAACAAGUAUCGUAUAGAGCUUGACCCACACCUUGCAUCACUUGUUGGGAGACAUAGCCGGAAGCCAUGGUCAAAAUUCAUAAAUGUUGACAACCAACAUUUAGCUGUCCCUGAGGCCAUGGACUUUGUGGACAAGUUGCUGCGAUAUGAUCAUCAGGAGAGGCCGACUGCAAAGGAGGCAAUGGCUCAUCCUUAUUUUUACCCAGUAAGAAAUGCGGAAAGCAGCAGAAAUCGUGCCUAAAGAUUUGAAGCUUUGUCAGCCUUUUAUUCAUAUGGCUCAUUGGAUUGUUGGGUCGUCAUUCUGUAAACCUUACUGGACCGUGAACUGAGGCUGCAGGUUGAAAGUUCAAACAUGUGUUACCUUUGACAUUAGACAAUCAGCUUAUUCCUUUUAUUUUUACUUCUUUUUCUGUUUUUUUCGACCGGUGGACUUGCGUAUUCCAAGUCUCUUUGUGGUUUGAAAUUGGAACUUUCUUGUGCUGCUAAAAAGUGAAUAACCUUGUCCUGACUUAAAGGCAAGAACUUGUAUGGUGUUAUUCU